GUUAAAUGGUGUAGAUUGUGUGUCCGGGAACAAUGUGGUGUAGAUUAAAAUUACGUGUUCGUAAGAGGAGAGGAAUGAAAAGUGAACUGUGGAAUUUUCCGAUUCAGGAAGAGAAUAAAAAUGAGGCUGCAAUAGAUGGAAAUUGUGGUAAAAUGGCCGCCACGGAACCAGAUGAAAUUACUAUAAUUGUGGUUGCUGGAAAAGGACUUCAAGGAAAAAAGCAAGGUCGUCAUAAGUUUUCUGUAAUAUUUGGUGUGGGAAACAGAAAGUACAGAACAUGUGUUGUAAAAGAUGCUGACGGAUGUCCAGAAUGGAACGAGGAAUCAGUCAUACAAGUCAACAAUGUUGCAGACCAAGUAUUCCUUAUAGUCACAGAAAAAGAAGAUAUCUUAGGUCAAAUCAACAUUCCUGUAACAACGUUGUUAGGACCACCAGGAAGAGUGAUGAAGAACCCAUUACAAUCCCACAAAAAAUGUCCUAGUCCCAAAGGAGAACUUAUUUACCAGUGCUUUGUCUCAAAGUAUAGACCUUCAUUUUUCCCAAAUUCAAGUACACCCAAACACACUAGUAUACCAAAUGUAUAUGAUAAACAUAGGAAUGGUAUGACAUCAUCUCCAAUUAUGAGACACAAACAUGAAAAACGAAGGGGUAGUACGGCUUUACAAACAUUAAACAAAAAGUUUUCUAAGUCUAUACAUGACUUGUUUUCAUUUGCAAGAAGUCCAACACAAGACAAUGAUGAUAAGAAUGUGUCAAAUUUAAGUAAUGGGCGUUCAAGCAGUAUUGGAUCAGGUAUGAAUAAUGCUGGUAAACUACCCAUAAUUCAUAGUGUCACCCCGUCAGAUGCAUUGAUCGAUGGUGGAACAAGGGUCACAAUCGAAGGGAAAAAUCUAGGUUUAUCAAAGGCUGAUAUAAUGGAAUUAUUAAUCUGUGAGGUGGAUCAUGCUGACUAUGUAGAGUUUGAAUCUUCUUCAAGAAUAUUUUUAAAGAUUAAACCUUCCACGGCAGGAAUAGGAGAUAUAAUUUUAGAGACUGAGUCAGGAGGGAUAGGAACAUUGAAAAAUGGUUUUACAUAUGUUGAUCCAAAUGCUCCCUCUUCACCCUCAGUGACUGGAGAUGAAAGUGAUACGAGUAGUUCUAACACAAGAUUUUCUAUAGGGGAUGAAGAACUUAGUAAUAAUGUGAUCACACCAGCCUCACCUAAAGUACCAAAAUCACCUAAAGUGAAAAUGUGUGUCACAUUGCCAGAUGUUGAUAGAAAUAACGAUUCAGAUGGCAAGUCAAAAAAACAUUUUCUCAAACAUAUCAGAAGGGCAAGUGAAGGUCAUGUUCUGUUCCAGUCAAAAGGUCCAGUACAAGCAGUAGUUCCACAAGUAAAUAUUGAGUCACUACAAGCAGAAAUUGCUCGCUUAAAAAAGGAUAAUAAACAGAUUGAUGUACUAAAAGAUGAAAUUGAAUCAUUAAAAAAUGACAAGAAAGAUAUGAAGGUCUACAUUGACAAACUUGUUGCUAAAGUCAUUACACAUUGUCCGGAAGCUUUGGCUACUGAUGAUGAUAUGGAAUUCAAAUCUAAGUUUGGAUAGUGAAAUCUAAGCGAAGAAAAAAUGGCCUGUGAAUCCAGCAUUUGUCUGAUCAGGGAUUUAUCUGGAAUUUCAAUUUACAGUCAUGAAAAUCCAGUUCAGGAAAUCUCAUUAGGGAAUGAUGGUGGACAUAUUGUCUAAUACAAAGGAUAUAUGAAGUGGACUUUUUUUGCACAAAACCAUGUUUUUUACACAAAUAAUUCAACCUGUUAUCUAUUUUAUUAUUAAAUAAUGUGAAAUACAUCAUCAUUUAAAAUAUCUUCAGUUGUUCCUGAAUUCCUUUUUUUUCUUUUUUUCAAAGAAUUCUUCAAUAGACAGGAUAUAUUAGAAAGGUUAGUCAAUGUAAUUGCUUAACUUCUUGCAAGGCAAUUUUUAAAUAAGAGAUACUAAUAUGUAAUAUUAGGGAUCAUGUUACAAAAAUAAGGCUGCAUAAGUGAUACUAUUUAAAGUUUAGUAGGGGGAAUAUCAAAUGAUUGUAUGUGUGCAAGAAUGAAGAAAUUAAAUGCAUAUAUCUUAAAACCAUAUUUGUUACCUUGUUUACUGUGAUAUUGUUAUUAUUAUAUUACAUUGUGGUUAAAUUUUGCAACAUAGUAAUUGCAGCCUAAACAAAUUUGUUAUUAUUUUAAAUUGUCUUUCACAAAAAUGCUGUGCGGCAUAAACGGACAAUGGCAUAUGAGUGUUGAAUACUGUCAAUCAACUAAUUGUUUCCUAAGACAUAUAAAUUAUUAUACAUUGUCUCUAAAUAUCAAAUUUAUUUGUAUAGGAAUUAGAAACAGAUAGAAUGCGAUGCUAUGCCUAGUAUUUGUAUCCUGUUUCUGAGAUGAGUAUAAAUAAUAUUUAUGUUUUGAGACAAUUGUUUUUUUUUUCUGUUUAUAAUGCAACUUUUAAAACUGUUUAGAAUAAAAUAUUUUGUGUAGAAAUGAAGAAUUUUGAAUUUGAAAAGGAGGACAUAGAAAUUUCCUAGAUUUUUUUCUUUUUUUUUCCGAAAUACUUGUUCAUCGUUCAUUGUAAGGAUGAAAUUUCACUGUUUUCAUUGUGUUUUGUCAUGAUGUAAGCCUUUCUUAGAGAUUGAAAUAGUUUAGGAAAAUGUUUAUAAUAUUGAUUUAAUCUCAGCGAUUAUUGCCAUGUGAUUGUCAAGUAGUGGUCAUGUAAUCUUAUUGCCUUUUUUGGUAAGCAAAUUUCUUAUUGAGUAGCUUUUAACAAAACAGUAUGAAAGAAAUAUGAUCAGACAUUAUUUAAAAGAAUUUAAAAAUUUCUCGUCCCAAAGCCAGUUUUAAUAUUCUGAGUACAUGUUUCAAAUUUCAAAUAUUAAAAUACAGACAGAAAAAAAAGCUAAUGUCUUGAUGAUAUUAUAUGCAAAAACCAUCUGUAAUCUCACCUUUGAAAUUAUGUGGAUAAAGUCUUGGAAAGUUAUAAUUAUUUUGUGCUCUAAGAGUGUCACGAAAUAGAAGUUCCUUCAUAAUAUAAGUUCCAAGUGGAAGAAAUAUUCUGUAUUAUUAUUUCCAUUGGAACAAAUAUUACAGUAUGUGUUCCUUACGGAAUAAAGGGUAUAGAAUAUUUGUUCCAACAGGAACAUAUAUUAUGACUUUGUUUAUAACAAAAUUUCCAGUGGAACUUCUGUUAGGUGGAACAAAUAUACGUUGACAAGAGAAGUAACUUCUUAACUGCAAUAAUUGUUGUUUGCCUAACAAUGGAAAAAGGUAGAAGUGGCAAUUUAUAAAGAUCUGAUAGAACAUUUAAAUGAAAAUUCAUUUUGUAACACAACAUUUUUUAAAUACGUAUGAUUAUAUAAUUACACCAUUUUCCUUUAAGCAGAUACUGGGUCCAUUAUCUGAACCCACAAUUACAGAAUGUUGUCAAGUAAGAUAUUUGUAUUCAGCAAAAAAAUUAUAAGAAAUUCCCUGAUGAUUGCAGUGUGUGUGCCUUUGUUUAAAUAUGAUUAUGCAUAAAUUAUUUUUCUAUGGUUUUGUAAGAAUCAUGAAUCAACAGAACAUUUGCAAAAAAAAUUGUUAAAAGUGUGGUUUUUUUUUCACAUACAUAUUGUAUAUUGAUUUUCCUCAAUUAAUGGGAAAGCAGAUCUGUAUAUGUUUUUGAAUAAUCAUUUUAUAUUUUAUAGAAAACAAAUUAACAUCAAGCUUUUUGCAAAAUUUAUUUAGUUUGGAUAAACAGAGAACUUGGAACAAAAAAGAUGGAUUGUUUAUGCACCUAUGAAUUUGCUCAUUAUUUGGACCAACAUUGUAAAUGAUUUUUGUUAGGCCUAAUAUUUUUUACAUUGAUUGAUUGUUUUAGUAUGUAUUAUAUGGAACUAUCAUUGUGCUUGCUAUUAUGCUAAUAUUUUGUGCUUAUAUUUUAUUGCUAUUACGAUGCAUUUCAUGUAUGUGGUUUAUUGUUGCCAUUUUAUGCAAAUUAUAUAUUUGUACAUAAAUCGUACAAUAAUAAUACAUAUCAUAUAUUUUUGCUUUUACAUGUUUUAUCUGUUUGUUAUCAAAUUGUUAUUUGCAUCAAGAAACAAGAUCUGAAAAACUGUAUUUCUGAAAACUUUUAUUCGUUAAUUAUAGAUCUGAAAUUUUAGAUAAAAUUAAACCAGGUUGUUUCUAAAGUUCUGAAGUGUACAGUUCUUUUAUUUUUUUAUAUAAAACAAUUUUUUUCCAACAAAUUAUAUGAAGUCAUUUUCAGUUGGGUUUUGUAAAGCUAUGUGUUUAUCUGGACAGGAGUUCAGUCUAAAUAUACCGGUAAGUGUUGACAACAAAAUAAAUGGACAGUGUUAAGAUUAUUUAUGACAGAAAAGGUCUGGAUUUUUUGUGAAUUGAAUAUAAAUGCUUGCUUCAUUCCCCAAAUGUUUUGGACACAGUUAAAAAAAACUGUUACUUUCAAGGUGAAAACUUUGGAUAAAUUGGAUGAGAAAUGAUCUCAAUAUAUAUGUUUUUUUUAAAUUAUCAUUUUAUAAUUUACAUAUGAUAUGCAGUAAUAUGUGAUUCUGUUCACUAUUUCCACAAUACUGUUUGUGACUACACUGUGUUGGUGAAUGUGUUUACUUUCUUCCACAUUGUUAUUACUUUCCAUUUUUUGAUUUUUUAGAUUGAUGCUUAACAAUAUUACUUUCCAUUUUUUGAUUUUUUAGAUUGAUGCUUAACAAUGUUAUAUUUGGGACCAAUUAAUAAGAUGUGAUUUUUAGCUUGAUUGCAUUGUCAGUGUUCACAAUUCUGGUUAUGCAUUGUAAUCAAAUUGAAGUAAAAAAGUUUUUAACCAAUCAAAGUUAAACCAAAUGUGAGUUGUUCAUUAGACUUGUUUUCAGCUAUGGUAUUUUUUUUAUCUAAAAAAUUCUUGAAGUGCUCAACAGAAGCUUUUCGGAGGAAUUAUUUUAUGAAGGCUGAUUUUUUUCCCUCACUUUUUUGUGUUCAGUUAUACCAGUGUUUUGUGUUCAUUCAUACAUAUGAUAUGUCCUUGUAUAAUUUGCUUCUACAGAAAUUACUAGGCUCAUUUGAAUAACUUAUAUAAUGAUCAGAUUAAUAACUAUUUAUUUAUUUAAUUUGAUAUCAACACCAUUUUCUUAGAAACAUAGACAUGAAAGAAAAUAUACUGUGACAUUUUCAUAAAAUCUAACAUCUUUUGAUAAUUUAUCUUGUAUAUUGGGGUUUUUUCUCACCUGCGACGAAAGGUUCCGAAAGAGAGACAUAGGGAUUGCUUUUCCAGCGACGGCUCCAGUGUCAACAAUUGUUAAGUUUUCUGUUUAAGUUAGUUUGAUAGGAACAACUUGUGAUAGAUCAUUGAUAUUUAAUAUAAAGUUACAUUACUAUCAGUUCAAAUUAGUUUGAUGACAUUUUUGAGGCCCUGCCCCUAGGACAUGGUCCAGUGACUUUGAAUUAAUUAGCAAUUUUCAAUGUUAAAUUUUCUGCUUAAGUUAGUUUGAUAGGAUCUACUUGUGAUAGAUCAAUGAUAUUUUGUAUAAAGUUGCAUUACUAUCAGUACAUAUCAGUUUGACAACUAUUUUGAGGCCCUGCCCCCUAGGACAUGGUCCAGUGACUGAAUGAAUUUGCAAUUUUCAAUGUUAAGUUUUUCUGCCUAAGUUAUAUUGAUAGGAACUUCUUACAAUAAACAACGAUAUUUUCUAUAAAGUUACAUUACUGUCUGAACAUUUUAGUUUGUAGACCAUUUUCAGGCCCUGCCCACUUGAUCAUGGUGCAGUGAGCAAUGUUGCUGUCCAUCAGAUUGUUCUUUUUUUUAAUUGUAUGCCAAUAGGUGAGACAUAUCUCGGUGUCAACAGUUAAUUUUCAAUUAUGAUUUGUUCACAAACACCACAGUAAAUUAUUUUCUAUCAGUUGCAAACCUCACAGGUUGAAGUUGAUGUUCAAAACUUGAGUAAAAAAAAAAAAUUAACUAAAAUUUUAAUCUUGAAAACUACUUAAGUUAACAGGUGAAAUUAUAUAUAAUUUACCUAUAUGGUAUAUACACUCAUCUGUUCUGACACCUGCUUAAUAUACAAAUAUUAUUAGAUUAUUAUACGAUUUCAUUUAGUCUUGGAUACUGUGCUUUAAGAAAAACAUCUCAUGUUAACUUUUGUCUUUUUCCUUAUUGUGUAAAUGGACAAUAGUGUAGUGUCUUAUACCUUUUUGUGAAAAUGGACAACAAAUGUGUUGGUCAGCAUAAAUACAUGAGUGUGAAAAUGUUGAGUUGUUAUGAAGGUUUAUAAGUAAGUUGUUUAUUAUCAGUAUCGUAUUUAUUUUAAUUAUAGUAUAUUUAACAUGAUAAUCUUAUUUAGCAUCUAAUGAUAAUGGUGCUGUAUGUACACAGUAUUUAUAUUUCAUGUCAGAUCUUUUGAUCAGGCUGUUUGUGUUUUUUUCUUAAUUAUAGAUGAGUGUUCUAGGUAGGAGAAAAAAUACAGUAUGUUCAUUUAAGUAGGGAAUAUUUGAUUGAAAUAUACAGAAUAACCUCUGGAAAAUUCUUGGUAACAGAGACCAAUUAAGUUCUUUAAGACCAGGUGUAAUGGACGCAUAAUCCUAAAAAAACAUAUUGCCCCCCUAUUAAUAUAGAGGGACAUAAAAUAAUUAAUUCCACAUUACUGGAUAACGGGGCAGAAAGAACAUUAUUUUUACAGAUGACAUGAAUACUUUAAAAAAAAUACUUCCAAAAGCAUUGUAAAUUCAACUUAAUAUGUCUCAAUCCGGAUUGAAAUGUUAUCAACAAAUGUGACUUUUCCAAUUUUUUUUUUUUUUAAAUGAACUGGCUGUUGCCCUAGAUACACAAAAGGAUAAAUUUAUUUGAUUCCAAUCUGAAACCACUGGAACAAUCGCUAUUAACAUCAUGAUAGUCAUCCUCAUUGUUUCUGGUAAAUGAUAGGUGAAAAAACUAUUUAAUUUGUCCCUAUUAAAAAUAGCUAAAUGUUCUAGAAAGGUUUAAAUUUAUUUGAAAGGGUUUAAAACUAGGAGAGCCAACUUAUAUUUAUUUACUAACAAGAUUUCUUUCAUUCUAACUGGAAAAUUUAGUAGUGGUCAAUAAAUUGGAUUUGAGAGUGCCAUAUAUGGAUGCUUUUAGUUAGUCAGAAUCUAAUGGUGAUAGAACACUUUCUUGGUCCAUGAUGUGAAAGUCUGGCAUUGCAGUCCCUCACUUGUUACCAUUGAUUCAUGGAGAUUUUCCAGUAUGCAAAAAAUUACUACAUAAUUUUGCUGUUUAGAGUUAAGGCUACCUAUGAUCAUCACCAAAAUAAUACUUUAUCUGAAAGGAAGAUUUAAAUUCUUUAUUUAUUCAGACAUUGAUUAUGAUGGAAUGAGGAGCACAAAGAUUUCAUUGUUAUUUUUGCACACAGAUUGUGAUUUAAAUUUUGAAUAUGUUAAUUUUGUAAAACACAUUAUUUGCGUUGAGGGUAAUGAGAUGAAGUUAAAGCUAUUGUUUGUUCUAUCUUUGUUGAUAUACCUCAUAUAAAGUAAAUAAACAAAUAAACAAAUA